AUGAUUAAUGAAACUGUUGAAUCUAUUAUUCUGAAUCCAGAUAAUAAUGAAAAAGUAUUAACAGUAACAAAUAAUAAUUUAUUAUAUGACGGAAAUAAAAAUCAACUAGUGGACGAGGUUAAAGAUGGUAGUGAAGCGACAAAUAGUGAAAGCAAUAAACAUAGUACACAUCAUCCAACAAGUCCAAGUAAUACAACUGAAGAUGAGGAGGAAGAAGAGGAUGUUCCAUUUGUUGAGGAAAGUCCUGGUUCACGAUGGCAAAAACGACGUGAAACAGUGGCACAACGAGAUAUUCCUGGCAUAGAUGCAUCGUAUUUAGCAAUGGAUACAGAAGAAGGCGUUGAAGUUGUUUGGAAUGAAGUAUUAUUUUCUGAAAAAAAAAUUAGUCCAACGCAACAGUAUAAAGUAAAUGAAGUAUUUAGUAAAUUAAUUGAGUUAAAUCAUCAGAAUAUUGUAAAAUUUCAUGGCUAUUGGCAAGAUCGUACAAAAAUAGAAGAUAAACCACGAGUUGUUUUUAUUACCGAAUAUAUGUCAAGUGGUUCAUUAAAACUUUUUUUAAGAAAAACAAAACGUACAAAACAAGGCAUAAGCAGAAAUUCUUGGCGAAGAUGGUGUAUACAGUUAUUAUCAGCAUUAAAUUAUCUUCAUUCUUGUCAACAACCCAUUAUUCAUGGAAACUUAACAUGUGAUACAAUAUUUAUUCAAAAUACAGGCUUGGUUAAAAUCGGUUCAAUUCAUUAUCUUCAAUUGAAGGCAUUUGAAACACUUGGUCUUGUCGCACCAGAUGUUCUACACCAUCAUGUUAAAAGUAUACCAGAUUCUACGGCAAAAAACUUACAUUUUCAAGCACCAGAAAUGGCUGUGGAAUCAAGUCCAAUAACGACUGCUGUGGAUAUUUAUUCAUUGGGUAUGGUCACACUUGAGAUGAUCAAUCUAGAUUUAGGCGGUAAUGGCGAUACACACGCUAUUACAGAGGAAGUUGUGAAUGAAGCUUUAGAAUCAUUAGAAGAUCCAGUUCAGAAGGAUUUAGUAUUACAAUGUUUAUGCAGUGAUCCAAUAAAACGGCCAACAGCACGUGAAUUAUUAUUCCAUCCAGCAUUAUUUGAAAUACCUUCACUUAAACUUUUAGCUGUACAUUCGUUAGUCGACGAUUUAAGGGGAAAGCCAGAUCGUUCUAUGUCAUCCACGAUACAAGCAUCGGGCGAUAAAAUAUUUGCCGAAAUUCUCCAUAAAGAUGGAUCAAAACCAACUGUUGUUACUUUGAAAGACUGUCCCUCGUUUGAAUUAGAUAAACUUCUUGAAGAUGUUCAAAAUGGUUUAUAUCCAUUAACAGCAUACAGUUUAUUAUUUCCAAGAAAACGUUCUUCAACGGUGGAAAACAUCAGUUUUCAUACUAAUCUAGUUAGUUCAAACAAUAUGCCGAAUACGAAUUCAAAUCCAGAUAUAAUCAACACGUCAACAGCAAAUAAAGCACGUGGGGGAAAUACCAUUGAGCGUUCAUUAUCAUCAGUGAAUGAUGGUGAUCAUCAAAUGCCAUCGAUGACAUCACUAUCAAAUUCAUCAACAGAAACGACAAAAACACAGGUACCCAUUGAUUUCGACAAGGAAAAUCGUCGAAUUAUUGAUAUACAGUGUAAAUUGAAAAUAAAAGAUACUGGAUUAUGCUUGUUAUUCAUUAGUGUUAAAUUCCAAGAUCGUUUACAACGUGAUAUGACAGCGGAAAUAGAUCAAGAUGAAACACCAGACGUUAUUGCCAAAGAAUUGCUUGAGCUUGGACUUAUUCAUGAAAGUGAUUAUGCACGUGUAGAACAAUCGAUUAUAAGAACUUUAAGUACUACUCAACGUAGUAAUGGAACAGGAGGUGAUACAAAUACUAUGGCAAAUGGUGUAACGCUAGAUGGUACUACUGCUACAGGUCAUGCACUACAAUCGGUACAACUGAACACAAACGGACCAGUCGAUAGAGAUACCACAAAUUCUUUGAACUCCCCCUUACCUCGUAAUUGUAUUUUAUCUCGAAAUUUGAUUGCGACCUCAUUACAAUGUAUUUAA